GCUCUGCCUGGCCUGCUGAGUUACUCGGGCACUUUGUGUCUUCCCUUGGUAAACCAGCCUUUGCAAUUCCUUGUUUCUACACCAACUCCUUUGGGUUGCCUGACCACCACCCUCAGCAGUUGCCUUCGACCUGCUCCUUGGAGUGAACCUGAGGAAGAGAGGUAGAGGGGGAUGGGGAGUAAUGUGAUACAUGACAAUGCAGUUCUUCCUAUUCUUUUUUUUUAAGCGGUUUCUUAAUUCGCCCUUCUCCAGUGGGGACCGGGAGCCGGAGCCGGGGCCAAGGGUUCAGGAACUAGCAUCGCCCCAGAGUAAUUAGCGUUAUUGUGGAGUGACUAUUGAGCUGUACUAUUAACCCCCUCUGCACGACUACACCCGAUCCGGUAACUGAGACCUCCUGUGACAACGUGCUGACAGAAGGCAGCUCUAAGCUGGGGACAGCGGUCGGCAGCGGGACAAAUGGUUGAGUGGCGCUCACAGGGAUGGUUCCUCACCCGUGCCUGCUGGCCGCCAAGGACGGGGACCUGGAGACGCUGAAGGGCUUGGACGCCCACGGCAGGCUGAAUGGGAACAUCGAGGAUCACCUGGGAGCCUCCCCGGUCCAUCUGGCGGCCAGGGCCGGCAGGCUGGACUGCUUGAAGUUUCUCAUCACACAGGCUAAGUUGUCAGCGAACAAAAGGGCCAAAAACGGAGCGACUCCCACCCACGACGCCGCCGCCACCGGGAACUUGAGGGCACUCCAGUGGCUGACCAGCGCCGGUGGCUGUGACAUUCAGGACCGGGAUGACCACGGAGCAAAUGUUCUGCACCUUGCAGCUCGAUUUGGCCGAUCGGAAACUGUGCAGUGGCUGCUGCAGGCUGGGUGUGAUCCCAUGUUGGAGACGGAUGGUGGGGCGGUGCCAGCACACUAUGCAGCUGCUAAGGGAGACUUUGCAAGCCUGAAACUGCUUAUCGCACAAGCUCCAAGGGCUUUGAACAAGCAAACUCACAAUGGUGCUACUCCCCUCUACUUGGCCUGUCAGGAAGGACACCUUCACAUCGUUGAAUUCCUCGUCAAAGACUGCAAGGCCAAUUUGAACCUGCGAACACACGAUGGGAUGACAGUUCUUCAUGCAGCCGCACAGAUGGGCCACUGUGCCCUGGCGCUGUGGCUGAAAUCGUUCACCAACACCGAUGUUUCUGCACAGGAUAAUGAGGGAGCAACUGCAAUGCAUUUUGCUGCCAGCGGAGGGCACGUCAAGGUCGUGGAACAAUUAUCAAGGAUGGGGGUCGGGAUGCUGAAGGAUAACUGGGGUGGAACACCACUGCAUGAUGCUGCGGAGAAUGGGGAGCUGGAGUGCUGUCAGAUCCUUGUCAUGAAUCAUGCAGACCCCACCGUUCAAGACGAUGAUGGUUAUACUGCUGCUGAGCUGGCAGACUACAAUGGAAACGUGGAGUGUGCCAUGUACUUGCGGCACGUUGGACAAAUGCUCCCACCGGAGGACCCUCCUGUUUCUGUGCAAAGGCAAGAAUCGAUUCGCAGAUCAAAAAGCAUCGUGAAACGGCAGAGCAGAGGUGACUACUACCAGUCAAUUAACGAGGGCCGCAGGCAGCUGAGCAACUUUCAGCAAGGAAUGGAGGAUGGCAAGAGCGAAAACCUAAAGCUGAAAGAGAAGUCAAAAGAGAAAGCAGUGGUCCCACUCUCUGUUGAGGAGGUCCCUUCCACUGACGUGGAUUUGCUGGUACCCACACAUGAUGAGAAAGGUCGCCCCAUACCAGAGUGGAAGCGCCAGGUAAUGGUCCGUAAACUGCAGGCACGACUGCAGGUUGAGGAAGAGCUACGGAGAGAGCACAAAGGAAGAGAUUACCCACAGACAGAGAUAUGGAGGUAUUCCCAGGAACACAAUGCCAUAUUGGGCCCCUUUGGAGAGCUCCUGACUGAGGAUGACCUUAUCUACCUGGAGAAGCAGAUUGAAAAUGUCCAAGUGAUGAAAAGGUGCCAGGAAUACGAAGGCGAGCUGAACCGUUUGGCAGUUCAGCUGCGAACGAUUCUUCCUGCUCCCAUCGUCAAGAUCACCGUCAAUGCUCAACUUCAGGAUUCGGGCAAGGAGGAGAACACGCCCUUGCCAGUCUGGUGCAACAGGAUAUCUGGGAUAGUGAGGACUAUGUCACUCCUCUUGUCAAACGUGAAUGACAAAGAUCGCGCAGAUAAUGAAAGCAAGGAGAUUACUAGAAUACCCAAUGUGGAACUGGCAGCCGUCUUCACUCCAAGUCAUGACCAAACAUCUUCAAGAAAGAGCAGGAACAAGGUAGAAAAAGAGAUUCACCAGUUUGGCGUGUCCGUGCGCACCCUCAGGGCCAAUUUUGAAAAGCAAUGUGUGAUGAAAGAUAAAACGUUGGCAAGCACCAAUCCACUGGAAAAUCGGGCAAGUAUCUUUGAAAACAAAAGUAAUAAUGAGUUCUUUCCAAUGAGCCCAGAACAUAGAGAUGUAGCUCAAAGUGUAGAAGAUGUGUGUCAUGCUACCACUGCUUGUGAAGGUGAAUCUUGGCAAAAGGAUAUCACUGGGAUUCAAGGGAAUGAGUUGAGUGGAGAACCAACACAACAGGUCCGACAGCCAGGCAGCAUGGGGGGCACGGGUGAAUCUGGAAUUAACUCAAAGAACGAGGUGGUGGAAGACCGUGCCUCCUGUUCCCCUGUGACAGAGUCGACUAGCCUGAGGAAAGAAAGAAUAGUUGUGUUAUUCCUGGGUCACUGGAAAAAAUCAACUUACACUAUGUCUUUGAAAGUGAAACUCAAAAACUUGUGUACAUCUGCUAUUGGUGAAAAUAGCAAUGAGCCAGCAAAUGAUGGAGAGAUGAGUGAAACAGAGUGUGGUGGUAAGCCGGAGUUGGAAACGCAUCAUGAACCCGAGUCCAAACUGUCCAUUCCAAAUGAAAAACUUAGGCAUCUGUUCCUGCAGAAAAGGACCAUUACCAAACUCAUUGGCAACUGGAGAAACAUAAUCUCCCAUGUCCCAUCCAGACAAAUUAGGCGAUUGUAUCGGCAGAGGGUGACCUAUUCACCUGAACAGUUUCUCCCUCGUGUCAAUGGUGUUCCUGCUGACUACAAUAGUCUGACCCUUGACCUUUUCAUGUUGGGAUACUUUCACAUCCUUGAACUUGACCUGCCACCGGAUGAAAGGAAAAUGAGGCAUCUUCUGUGCUUCGAGGUGUUUGACCACUUGGGAAAAUUCAGUUGGGACUUGGUCCGUGCAUUCCACAAGGCAGUCAUUGAGGAGAUCGAUGCUGGCAAAAGGGAAUGGAAGAAUGGAUUUGAAGACAUUAAACAAAGGUUCUUCAGCAACCCUGAAAACCUGAUAGCUAUGCCCACGCAGUCCGAGGUGACUAUAAGACCGGUGCCCAAGGUCAUUGUGCAAAGUGCCACACCCGAAGAGGAUGAACUGCUCAUGGGCUACGGCUACUCCUCUGACCCCGGAGCUUUCAGCAAUGAUGAGAUUUGCAAGUACAUUGACAGAAGCUUUGCUUUCUGGAAGGACAAGGAAGCAGAAAUUUUUGAUUUUGAGGAAUGAGUUCCGAAGGACUAUCCAUUCUGCGGGCACAGAUAGAGUUCCUUCAACUGAUGGAAGACACCAUGCCACAAUGGCUAAAGUGGAUUCAAGGGUCAAAGACUAAAAGGCUUUAUGACCUAGAAUAAAAAGCACAGAUGUUUUGUUGUAUGUAAAUUCCUUUUGCAGCCUUGUUAACGUUAAUACUGACUGGUCUUAUGUUUCAAUUCUUCCUAAAUGUUAACUAGCUGUAUAAAAUCAAUACAUAGUCACUGAACAGCAGAACCUUAAAAAAUUAAUCACUGCAUCUGAUGAAGCACCAUUUGAAGUGGUAUUAAUGUUGUAAUGUACAAAAUAUGGUAGCCUUGUUUACGUACAGUAACAUCUGUCUUGCAUACAAUGAUUGAUGGCUUCAACUGAUGUCCACGAGCUUCCAGUUGUAUGUCGUUCUUAGUCUCUUUCCCACUCCCGCAACAACCCGUGCGCCCAUAGCCAUCUCCAAUGCUACAGAAAGGCCAAACACAAAUUGGAAGAACUCGCAUUCUGUUUUGGUAGCUUACAACCGAAGGUACAGUAUCAAAAUUGAAUUUAACCCAUGCUCCCUUCAUCUCCACCCACACAGAGCCACCUGUCUAUCUAGUUCCUUUCUCCCUUCAUUUACCUGUCCCAUCUCCCACCCACACACUUACUUCCAUUUGCCCAUUCUUCCAUCCCUAGCAAGUUCCACCCUUCAGUCUCCCUCCCACCCCUCCCCCCUCACACUGGUAUAUGCUGGCAAUCUUUCCUCUUCCCCCCUCCGUCCUGAUGCAGGAUCUCAACCUGAAACGUUGCCUUACUCUUCUGCCUCAACAAAUGCUGCUUGUCCCGUUAAAAUCUUCCAGUAUUCCACUUUUUGGUCCAGACACCAGAAUCUGCAAUCUCCUUUUUCUUCGAUUCACUGAAUCAGAUUGGCCUGUAUUAGAGUGAAAUUUAAUCCAACAGAUGAAUUUCCAUCUCGUUAGUGCUUCCUUGCCUCCCUGUCACCAGAAUGGGACAUCUUUGGGCUCUGUGCUGGCCUGACCAUGUUGAGUGGAUGUAACUUCAAACGUCCCCAGCAGAGAGGUUGGACAUGGCUCAGCCCAGAACUCAAAUUCCCUCCUGGGACAAAUAAAGUUCUAUCGUAUCGUAAAUCGAAAGCUUAGAUUCUGGCAGUUGAUGAAACACGACAAGUUUACACCUUUACUCAGAAACUGGACCUCCUAUUCAUCCUGUCAGAUUUGUCCAACUCCAUUCUGGGCCUUUGAAGGUUGUGCUGAUUAUUAGGUAAGGUUUGUUUGAGUGAAUGCAAGUGCAGUUUGGAUGUCCUGAAGAAACUUAUUUAGUUCUUCCCUAUUUGCCCCAAGAGGUUAACAACAGCCAACAAAUUCUUCCAGAUACUACACAGUAUUUAAUACAAACACAAUGAAUCCUUGAAUGUCAAGGACCCCACUUCACCUCAACAGCAUGAGGACCCAGAGAAUCAUUAUGAGUUCCUUCCUUAACUUGGUGAGGCUGGAUAAAGUUAAGUGGAAGUUUUGCUAUAAAAUGCCUUGCAAAAUGUCAAUAGUGUGUUGGUGUGUCACUGUUUGUUCAGCAGAAUAAUUAAAAUGAAAUGUGAGUUAUUUUCAAAGUACUUCUCUUGGUUUGAAUGAAAGGGUUGAUGUUUGAGAUGUUUGACAUUAUCAGUUGCUUCACGUGCACCAAUUGAAAUAUGGCCUGUCUGAUCAUGGAACUAGGUCAUACCACGAGAUAAUACUGUGAGCAAACAACUUGAAGUCAUUGGGAUAUAUAUAUAUAUUUUUUAAAGCCAUAUCAUUGCAAUCUUUACCUGGUAAAAGCUCUCACAUUUGAUCUUACACAGGUGUGCAUGAUCUUAUAGAGCUGUACAAAAUCACGAGGGGAAUAGAUCGAGCAGAUGCACAGAGUCUCGUGCCCAGAGUAGACAAUCGCGAUCCAGAGGACAUAGGUUUAAGGGCGGAAAAAUUUAAAAGGAACCUGAGAGGUAGUGCUUUCACAGAAGGAGUGGUGGGUGUAUGGAACGAGCUACCGGAGAAGAUAGUUGAGGCAGGUACUAUCACAAUGUUUAAGAAACAUUUAGACAGGCACAUGGAUAGAACAGGGUUGGAGGGAUAUAUGCAAAACGCAGGCAGGUGGGAUUAGUGUAGAUGGGACAUUUUGGCCGAUGUUGGCAAGUUGGGUUGAAGGACCGGUUUCCAUGCUGUAAGACUCUACAACUCUAUGACAUGCAUGACAACUCAUUUGUUGGUCAGUUAAACCAAUUCAUACUGUAGUUCAUCAGCUUGCGGGAUUGCUGGAUUUGUAUCUUGGGACGGAAUACUUUCCACUGUAGAACCGGGCAAUCUUGACGUCUAAUGUCCACAUGGAUAGGCCAGUCACUGAAUGAAACUUGCCCAUUCUCUGCACCAACUAAAUAUUAUUUCUCAUAUUUUCAGUUAAAUAUUAUUUCGAUUAUUUUCCUCAUGACUUCAAUUGCUGUUUGGUCCAUCAAUACUACGCCAGUUGUAGAGUCAUACAGAAGGGAAACAGGCCCUUCAGCCCAACUUGCCAAUGCCGACCAAGCUGUCCCAUCGACAUCCCAUCUGUCCGCUUUUGGCCCAUAUCCCACUAAACCUUUCCUGUCGAUAUACCUGUUCAAAUGUAUUUUAGAUGUUGUUAUAGUAUCUGCCUCAACUACCUGCUCUAGUAACUCAUUCCAUAUAGCAUCACCUGUUUGGAAAAAGUUGCCCCUUAAACCUAUGUCAUCUGGUUCUUGAUUUUCCUGCUCUGGGUAAAAGACUGUGCAUCUACUCUCUCUAUUCCUCUCAUGUUCUUAGACACCCCUCAUCCUCCUGCAUCCAAGGAAUAAACUCCUAGCCCGCCCAACCUCUCCCUAUAGCGUAUGCCCCCAUUUCCUGGCAACAUCCUCGCAAACCUUCUCUGCACUCUUUCCAACUUAUCAUCUUUCGUAUAGCAGAUUGACCAAAACUGAACACAAUCACUCUGAAUGUGGCCCGCACCAAAGUGCUUUUGCUUUUGUGACCUCCAUCUCUGCAACCACAGCCAUUCACUGGGCAGAAACAACGACACUUAGAAGAUUGUAAGGAGACAUGUCUGAGACAUUUCUGGUGUCCAGACUCGGUGGGAGUUUGUACAGGGGACUGAGGGUGAAGGUCUGGAGGUUGGAGGGGAGGUUAAAGGACAAGCAGAUGGGGGAAGAAUAUUAUAGUCAGCAGGAGAUUGAAAGGUUGGGGUGGCCAGGAGAGGUUGCAAGGUUGCCCUAAUGUUUGGGAGGGGGCGGUGGGAGCAGUGAUAGAGGAGGAGCUCUGAAGGAGAUCCAAGCUCUCAGAUGGGAAGGAUUAGAUUGGUACUUUGUGGGCAAACUAAUAAGGUUUUUUUUUCUGGACAGUUAGACAGCGGCCAUCUGAUUUAUUUCUCAAUUUGGUUGAAGCUGUGAGGCACUCCACACACAGCUUGGGAAUUGAAGACAUUCUGCAAUUUGGCUAAAGUUUUAAAUCCGUGGCUUCACUCACUCUUGACUGGAAAAGGAAGAGAAAAUAGUUUUCACUGUUUAUGCCUCCUUGGAAGAGGAAAAAGAUGAAUGAGAAACCGAAUAAUAAGAGGUAAGUGUCAUCUGAAAGCAGCUGUGCAGCCAAGUGUGCGGCCUGUAAUUGAAGAAAGUUAUUUAUAACCUGGGUAUACACUAUCUAGUCUCCGGAGCUGCUAAGGUUGAUUCACACCCUUAAUGACAUUCAGAUGGAGCAACUCACUCCAGUCAUUGAUUGUCAGACACACAGUCCUCUGCAUCCAGGCUGUCUUACUCCCUGAGUGACCUACUCCGGGAAUGUCUUACACCUUGAAUGUCUUACUCCUUGAGUAACAUACACAAGGAUAACAUUUAUAUGGUUUAGCCUACGUCCAGGUUGACCCUGAUUAACUUUUUAGUUCAGUUAUCUUGCAAAUCCAAAGAGUAAUGGGCCUGUCCCACUUAGGCGACUGCCGGCGACUGUCAAGUCUUAGCAGGUCGCUGAAAAACCGGCCACUGGGAUGGCGACUGG